AAUUUUUCCUUAAUUUUUAACAGUUUCUCUGGCUUUGAUUUGUUCAUUCCUGACUUAUUUACCUUUAGUAAGCUAUUUUUUCAUCGAAUUAGACAGAGAACCGAGCCCGGAAAAAGAAAGCAGCACAAUGGAACGACUGCGCUCCUCCCAAAACCGCGAAGUGCGAAUCGGCAACUAUAAGGUGGUGCGCAAGAUCGGCUGUGGAUCCUUCGGCGAUAUAUAUCUGGGCAUCUAUAUCCACAGUGGGGAGCGGGUGGCCAUCAAGGUGGAAAGCAGCAAGGUGCGCCAUCCGCAGCUCAACUACGAGAGGCGAAUCUACCGCGCCCUGAGGCCCGCCCACGGUUUGCCAAGGAUUAGGUACUUCCACAAGGAGGAGCACUACCAGGCGAUGGUUAUGGAUCUGCUUGGUCCCUCGCUGGAGAGACUCUUUCAGUUCUGCGAAAGGGCAUUCACCAUCAAGACCGUUCUGCUUCUGGCCGAACAGAUGCUUCGCCGGGUGGAGUAUGUCCAUAACCGGGGAUUCCUGCACCGCGACAUCAAGCCGGAUAACUUCCUGAUGGGUCUGGGUACCAUGUCCAAGCAAGUGUACCUCAUCGAUUUCGGGCUAUCCAAGAAGUAUCUGGACAUAACCACUGGUGUCCAUAUACCAUAUCGCGAGGAGCGUUCCUUGACGGGAACAGCCAGGUACGCCUCCAUUGGCGCCCAUGCCGGCGUCGAAUCCGCCAGAAGGGAUGACAUGGUGGCCGUUGGCUAUGUCCUUAUGUACUUCAAUCGGGGAUCACUGCCGUGGCAGGAUUUAAAGGCGUCCACCAAGCAGCAGAAAUAUGAACGCAUACAUGAGAAAAAGAUCUCGGUAAGCAUUGAGGUACUUUGCGAGGGAUUUCCCUGCGAGUUCACAAUGUACUUAAACUACUGCCGCGGCAUGGGAUUCUACGAUAAGCCCAACUACGACUUCAUCUGCCGCAUGUUUCGGAUGCUGCGGAAUGGUCUCAAUCUUCGGCCGGGUCUCAUCUACGACUGGGACAUGCUGAUGAUGAAGUUCCACAAUACUCAGAAAAAUCCUGGCAUUGGAAUGCGUGUAUUUCCACCUAAACAGAAGGAAGAUGAUGGUAUCAGCGGUGAGCCGAUCAUCAAAGAUGAGAAGUGCAACUUCUGGCCGUGAAAAAUCCAUAGAAAUCGUCGAGUUUCGAGUAAAUUAAUAGUCGAACUAAAUUAAUUAGUAGCCUGUAACUAGAAUUACUCCCCUCACAACUAAUCAUUAUAAAUUGCAUGCAUAAAUAAUUAGUGGGAGUAUAAAUUAUAACGAAAAGUUAAAUAAAGUAUUAAAAUAU